GGAACCCCUGCCUGUCCACGAUUGACUGAAUCACCACUGUUAGAACCUUUAGUGUGUAAAAAGAUAUCUGUGGAUAGGUUAACAUCAUUAGUUUUUAGGGAAGAGUGCCUAGUAACAGCAUGUCAGGAAGGCUUAGUGUACACUUGGGCUAGACCUGGAACUGUUGGGUUGACGCAACAACAUACUGUAGUAAGUGAAAAUUUAUGACGAUGAUUAUUAAAGUCUGUGAUUCCUUGACUGUGACCUGCACACAUGUGAUAAACUUGUCUAAUCAUAGACCAAUUUGUGAUAGUCAUAGACAACCAACCGGACGUUUAUACUGCAGCAAUUUGAAACAAAAAACACCUCUUCCGCACAUAGCUAAAGGGAGAUAAAUCUUGUGGCUCACCGCUAAAUUCCUAGCGAUAUCUCACAGCUUUGUGUUAGACAGCUUGCAGAACAGUUGCAUCAUGCAUGGAGAUUUCUUUUGUAAUGAUGAGGGGAUUAAGAGCUUUGACAGCUAUGCUAUAGUCUCAGUUGUUGUAGAAACCAAACAAAUUAUGUUUCAAAACAAGUUAUUGUUAUUUACUCUCAGUCUGUCAUUUCAUUUAUAAAUUAUAUCAUAACCAUUGACAUUUAAAGACUACUUCAGUAAGUAAAUGUUAGAUUCAAUGAAAAAAACAACAAGAAUGUAAACUAUAUCACUGUGAUAUGUACGCAUAGCAGAACCAUAGAUAACAAAGUCUUUUGAUGUGCGGUUAAAGCUAAGUUACUUUAAGUCUCAUAAAGGGAUAUUUACAUGGUAUUUUCAACAGAACAGAACACAUUUUCGGGAGUAAGUAAUGUUUUAAAAACAAACUAUUUUUGGUUUUGCACUGUAGUAUAUAAACACUUACUUUUACUUUUAUGUUAAUUGUUUCCUGUUAUACAUUGAUGAAUGAUCAACACCAAAUUACAUGCAUUUGAUAACAAAGGAAAGAUUGUAUUUUUGUUGUUGUUUUUUUGUAGUUUUAAAAAGCUUCAAACAAAAACCAUUAAAACACAAUGUGUAAAAGAAAUAUGUUGUAAAUCAGUCUUUUUGUACUUUGGCCUUAUAUUUGUUUUACUUUGAAGCUGGUUCGUUGUUAACUUGAAUGACCUAAUGAUAAUUUUUGUUAAAUCUAUGAAAUACACAUUAUUCCAUUAAAUGGUCUUGAUUUAUCAUAAUUGAAGACUUACGGUUAAAUUUGACAAAGGUGAUUUGUAGAUUGAUUGAGUUUUAUACAAUUAACCAUGGUUUUGUUGUUAAAAUUCCAUUAUGACCUAUGUACAUUGCAUAGGAUAAAAAUAGCGAACAUUAUAAGGAAUAUCUUUAUAAUAACUUUUGAACUUUAAAUGUGUAUCAAACUGAAAAUGUCAGUUUUUGCUGGCAUUUUUCAGUUUUUGCUGACAUUUUUUCAAACAGCCAAAAUAAUAUGUUGCGAUUUUUCUAUGUAUUUUACCUUAAAGAAAUUAAGUCAUGAAAUAUUUUGUUUUGCCCAUCAUGUAAGUUAAGUAUUUUGAAUGUUAUUAUAUAAACUAAUAACAAAAGAAAAGUAUAACCUGAUGAUUUUAUUUAAUUACUAAAUGUGCAGUAGUUUAAUAUUUUAUUAGAAUUAGCAUAUUUUGACACUGUUCCUAAUUUGCAUAAUAAGAAGAAACAAAGUAAGGUGUGUAUGUCAGCUCAUCUGAAUUUAUGUGCAGAAUUGGUAGUCUGGUCUGUCUGUUUUGCUUGUAAUAAUAAAUAUUUCAUUUUACUGAUAAAUUUUGACAGUCCUGCCUUAUUAUCUCUAAUUAUAAAUUAAUUAAUAUUAAUUAAGCAGUUAUCAAGAUUUUGUGUUGAUCUGACUACAUAGAGGUGCAUGAUAGCAUAAAUCUGUGCUGGUAAAGUAAAUGUGACAUCAUUUUACAGACAGUAUCACAGUGUCCUCUAAAACGUUUAUUUUUUUUGGGGGGGGCUAGAAUUACCCUUAGUUGAUUGAAAACAUUCAGGCAUUAAGACUUUGAUUUAUGUUUUGAAUUUGGCAUUAUUAUAGUUAAAUGUAACUAAAUUUUGUUCAGGAUAACUUUUUGUAUGUAAUUAAGACCGUUAUUUUUCUGAACUUCAAAGGAUUUUCAAUAAACUUUUCUUUGUUUUUUAGUGGGUUAAAUUACAAAUAUUAUACAUGUGGCAUGAAAAUUAAAAAAAUAAAAUAUCAUUCACAUCUCAAGAGAUACUCUUUGUCUGUAAGAAGAAUAAUUUCAAAGAGUUAUAUGAUUUAUUUUUAUCUGUUCAUUUCAUUAACCAAAAAAUUGAUUGUUUCUUUUUUCUAAGCAUAUAUACUCUAUUUAUAAGACAUUUUUAUCAUCACCACCAUAUAAGGUCAGAGUCAAACAAGUAAUUGGUUUAACAUUUUUUCUGGAAAAAGAAAUAUACUGUUGUACACAAAUACUACAUAAACUAUUAUUUCUCACAUUUUAAGCACAAUAGUUUGUUAUCUAAGAAAUAUUCAGAUGACAACAUGAUAUACCCAUGUGGGAAAUUUUGUUGAAUGGCAAUCUCUGGUGUCACUUUAUUAUAGUCAUGCAGCUGAAGAAUGAGAUGUAUAAAUAAGUUGUAAGAAAUUAAUUUAUGUUAGUACAUAGCCAUAUUUUACAUACAUUGUAUUUUACCUGUAUCUCUUUAGUCCUCUUUACAAAUAUUUUAUUCAGUUUUUGCUUGUUGUGGUGUUCCCUUUCAAUAUAUUUAAAAAGUCUGUGUGUUUUGAAAAGGAAUGAUGUUUCGUUUGUGUCAGGUUAUUUUAAAUCUUUAUACUUGAUAAAGCAGUUAUGAUAUGUAAAAUCGUGCACCUAUGUAAUAUUGUUAUGUGUAUCUGAGUUGUAUGAACAACCGCAUGUUUUCUCCUCACGGGGCCAUUUUAAUAUGUGAUAUAAACAAAACACAAACUAUUUCAUAUUUACAAACAUCUAUGUAGUGCUAAAUUUCUAGAUGGAAUGAAAAUAAAAAUGGCAUUUGUUUGAAGUAAGUGGUUUUUAUUUGUGUAUCUUUUUCUAAUGUUUCUCUUCUCUGAUGAGGUCACUUUUUCCAUUAAACUUUUCUCAUUUUAGCCCUAACCUCUUUUAUACACAUAGCCAUAACUUCCACUGUUAAACAGGUCAGAAAAUAAAUGUGUAUCAAAGCAACAGUUACCAUAGUAAUCACAAUUUAAUUACUUGAAUUGUUUUAAAUAGGACUUAACCUGCUGAAUUUGUUUGAUAUAUUUGUCCUGCUUUAAAUUUGAAACAGUCCAUUCAAAUUUUAAGGGAUUUUAGUAUGAAAAUACAAAAAAAAAGAGCUACCAA